CGCAUGCUAGUGCUUCGUCUGUCGCUCUUUUCUGGUGAUUUCCAUGCGUACUUUUAGAACCUUUAGCCAUCCCGCAGCUAGGCGCUUAGCGAGCUAUGCGUUUUAUUUUAGCUGCUAUUAAUGUUAGCUAGCUUGCUUGCUUGCUCGCAAGAUAAGUUUUUUAUUUUCAUUAAAACCGCGUGUCCACAACGCUUCAUGUGUGACGUAGAUUGCUAGUUAUUAAUAAUACAAUUUAUUAAAGCCCAUUAUUAAUCCAUGAAUAAGAAAAAUUGGAAACUGUAGAGCUGAAUUUGACUGCUCUGUGCGAACAGCGAAAUCUGCCUGGAAAGGACGAAAGCAGAUGAGCAGUUAACGAAGAGAAGAGGAGAGAAAGGACUGAAACUUGGAGAGGGAGAGACCAGAAGGGGCAGAUAAGACGAGGAAGGACGGAGCACACGGUCAUUACUCUGGAGCAGUACUGACGGAACAGCCCCCUGUCUCUCCCUGGGCCUGACUGUCACCCGAUGGGGUUUUAGCUCCUUUGGGACAGCGGUAUUUCAUCACAGAGCCACAACGCUGUCACCCGUCGCCCAACGCACACCGCACGACUAUUUUGAGCAUUUGGGACAUUGGAUUUAUUUUUUUUAGUGUGGACUAAGAAACAUACAAACCGUCUAACAAUACCAAAGGAAAUACUGGACCUUAACGGGAGAUACUGUGACUCCCAGUCACAAAGGAAGCAGCGAAAGACCAACUCUGAGGAGCCCGAGCACCUGCCAUGGCUGGCAACAUGGCCAUGGGCCGCGACACCAAGUGGCUGACCCUGGAGGUGUGCCGCGAGUUCCAGAGGGGCACCUGCUCCCGCUCGGACGCCGAGUGCAAGUUCGCCCACCCCUCCCGCAGCUGCCACGUGGAGAACGGCCGCGUCAUCGCCUGCUUCGACUCGCUCAAGGGGCGCUGCACACGAGAGAACUGCAAGUACCUGCACCCCCCGCCCCACCUGAAAACCCAGCUGGAGAUCAACGGCCGCAAUAACCUGAUCCAGCAGAAGACGGCGGCCGCCAUGUUGGCUCAGCAGAUGCAGUUCAUGCUGCCUGGAGCCCAGUUGCAGCCUAUAACAACGUUCCCGGUCACGCCCUCCCUGGCCACCAGCCCCAGCAUGGCGUUCAGCCCCUACCUGAGCCACAUGAACCCGGGGAUGGGCCUGGUUCCGGAGAUGCUGCCCAGCGCCCCCGUGCUGGUCCCGGGGAGCCCCACCACCCUCACCAUGGGCGGCAACCCCGGGCAGAAGCACCUGCGCACCGACAAGCUGGAGGUGUGCCGGGAGUUCCAGCGGGGGAACUGCACGCGGGGGGAGAACGACUGCCGCUACGCCCACCCGCAGGAGGCUGCUAUGGUGGACGGCAGCGAGAACUCUGUCAUCGUCUGCAUGGACUACAUCAAAGGCCGCUGCUCCCGCGACAAGUGCAAGUACUUCCACCCACCCGCCCACCUGCAGGCCAAGAUCAAGGCGGCGCAGCACCAGGCCAGCCAGAACGCAGCCGCUGCAGCCGCCAUGGCCCUGCCGCCCGGAGCCCUGCAGCCGCUACCAAAGAGACCGGCUCUGGAGAAGACCAACGGUGCCGCCACGGUCUUUAACCCCAGCAUGUUCCACUACCAGCAGGCUCUGGCCAACAUGCAGCUUCAGCAGCAUUCAACCUUCAUCCCCACAGGCUCAGUGCUGUGCAUGGCACCCUCUGGAGGCGUUGGCUUUUUCAAGCCUGCUGCCCCACUGGUGGCGGAGGGCCGCUGGGAGCGGCGGGACUGGAGCAGCUGCAGGCUCCCCCACAGCCGCCUCCUGUCAGUGCCCGGAGCUACCGUUCCCAUGAUGCACGGUGCCACGCCCUCCGCUGUUACGUCGGCCGCGACCCCCGUCACCAGUGUUCCUUUCGCUGACACUGCGGCCUCCAAUCAGGUUGGGGAAGCUUGUUAUUUCAGUCCUUCUGUGGGUGUGCUGCUGCCCUGAUAUGUAACCGUUGUCCCUAGAAAAUAGACCCCUACACGGUUCUGAACGCCAGCCCAACGGAUCUCCAGUUCGCACCUGUCCCACUUAUCCCCGAAACCCGUCACUUAUCGCCGAAAACCGUCGCUCCGGUGGCGCUGAACCCAGUAAAGCCUGUCUCCAAAACCAAGCUAAGUUCAUCCACCACCACAAUAACCCCAAUCCCCAAGCUGUGCCCAGCAACGCAACAGCGACCAGAACGCAGAAAAUUGUGCCUACUCCAAAUCUCCUCUCGGCAGGAGCGUGAAACUUCUACCGCAUUCUCGAAUAAGCGAUUAAACGACGUCCCCACACAUUUACGCCGACAAUGCAGAGCCGGCCCCAGACCUGUCCCCUACACUGAGACUGACGCCAAAAACAGUGGUCAGGCAGGCGAAGAGAAGCCCCUGGUCUGGUGUGGAAACGAACCGCACAUGUAGCGUCCAGCUCAUCACGUCCCGUCCCAACACCCACUGCGCCCCAACGGCCUGAGCACCGCAGUGUUCAGAACAGAGCAGCGGGCUCUGUGUGCAGGCAGACACGUUUACACGACCCAACACACCUGAAUGUUCAAUUAGCCGGUCACUCGGGAGGGCACGACCGAUUCAAGCUAAAUGCAGGCCGCAAUUUCAACUGUACUGCACGGCAGUAACAAAACUGAGAAGGAAGGACAGAGGCAAUUUUUAGAAGAUGGUCUGACAACUUUUAAUGAAAAAAAAAAAAAAAGAUAUUGAAAAGUGUUACGAUGUUUUAUGUUUACAUGUAAAAAAAAAAAUGCUAAAUCAAAGAAAUCUCAUGAGCCGAUCGGCGAAUUACUCUCAUUCGAAAGGAAGAGGACACUUUUUGUUCAGAGGGCUUUUCUUCUGUCCUCCUGUCGUCCAGGAUUGAGCAUUCAAACCUCAACAGCAGGUGGGUUUCUGUCAGUUUAACCAGUGCCUUUAAAUUAGCCACUGUCUGUAAUAAGGGUGGGACCUCCUAUCCUAAAAACUUAUCUGAAUGAACAAAGACCUUAGGUGGAGUGAUGAGACAGAAACCGCUUCGGGCCUGGAAUACAGGAGCUCUGUCUGUACUGAGCGGAGGGAUACGUGGUGGGGCUUUCCUGCAUUUAAACUCACUGGUGUAAGAACGCUGCAUAGCACAGCGUUGCAGUGUUAUAAGACCACGAAUGUGGGGAUGGACCUCUCCUAUAAUCUGACUGAUUAGCCAUAGCGGCACAGCUCCCCCUACCUGCAUGGAGGACUACCAGCACAUCCCAGCGUGAAUGCCAUCAGUUGGCUUCUGAUUGGUUCCCUGCUAACGGACUCCUUAUCAGUGCAUUUUGUAUACUGAUGCUACUUUCUAAGGGCAGGAAUCAAAACAGCCUUAAGCAGAUAAGUGGGUACCACAAGCAUAUGUCUGUAUAAUUUGAGGUUGGGAGCUCAAGCAGAGGGGUGACCAGUUGCAUAAAUAAAAGAUGCACGUGGACAUCCGUCAUAAAUGAGAGAGAAAAAAAAAAAAGAUUUUAAAAACAGUUCUUUUAAGUAGCUUUAAAGCACUCAACCUUUUAAUUUUUUUGUGUCGUCCCAGAACUUGAAUUUGAAAUUGACUAACAAUCAAAACCAGAGUUUUGAUUUGAGUGUUCUUGUUUGCUGUUUAAUGCAACCUGGCCACCAGAUCUCUGCUUGCACAAGUAGCCUGGGAAGGCAACGACAAUCUGAUGGAACACCAUGCGUAAUCGGCUACUCCUCUCCUGCUCAGCCAUCUGUCUAUUUAGUGUGUGUGUGUGUGUGUGUGUGUGUGUGUGUGUGUUUGUGACAGAGUCUGUGUCCAUACACGUGUGUGUCUGUGUUUCAGUUGCCGUGUCCGUUGUUGUUAAUGCCUAAUAAAUACUCCUAAACGUGAAACGCACGGACACACGCACGCGCAUAAACACAAACACACACUUAAGAUCUGGGCGAGUCUGAGACCCGUGUCUUUGGGUUCCCAGCCUACCGUGAUGGUCUCUUAGUGCCUGGUACAGGGUGGAGGAACCUUUCUGCGGUGGUUCUGAGAUGAGAGGAAAGAUUGACCCUCCCGCAAUCGUCCUUUCUCUGCAUCUCCCUCCUUUUCUCCCUCGUGUGAAUGUGCAGAUUGUGUUUGUCCAUUUAUAUCAUUUUACCCUCUUUCCCGGUGCUUUUUAAUACGUUGGGUGUUUGUGUUGUGGACGAUGAAUAUGAUGAGUGUUGUGUUGCUACAGGUAGUGGUAUAUUUGUGAGAAAGGGAGUUCGGAGCACUGGAAUUAGAAGGAAAGUUGCAGCGGACAACCUUGCUGACUCACAGGUUGAUUCAUGGAAGGUCAUAAAUUUGUCAGAAACAAAAAAAAAAAAAAAAAGAAAUGUUGAACUGAACUGCCAUCCUGUUGAUUGCACUUUUGGAAUUGGGCUGUUUGUGCAAUUUAUUUGUACAUUUAUUUUGGAUUGUACGUGUGUGUGUCUUUUGUUGCUCUUGAAGUCACCGAAGACUUAAAAUUGGACCUUAAUCACUGAAAUGCACUCGUGCUUUCAAAAGUCGGCGGGCUCUAAACGUUCAGCGGUCAGAUGUUGGCUUGUGGGCUCUGAGAACAGGAAGAGGAAGUGGAGGGGACGAACUGGGGACGGCUGCAGAUGGGUAAAUUCACGUAGGAGGUGCUAUUCACCGUCCGAAUGCUCUGCCCAAAAGCCAAACCUUAGAGAUAUAUUUGUGGGCACGAUACUCCUCUACGCUCUUCCUGUCGGGUGGGUUCAAUCGUCUACAUUCUGUAGCCACACAUUCAAAUGGAGGUAUGAAAUGUACAAGAAAAGGAUGUAUGAAUCAGUGUUUGAUACACUGCACAAACAAGCAGGAAAGGGUUAUUUUACUAGGGUUGUCGCAAACCUUUUGCCUGAAUUUCAGAAUCUUUCUCUUUUAAAUGCAAAAACCGAAGCCAUGUGUUCUCUAGUCUGACUUUCCCAAACUCUAGUUGGGCUGAACGUUUAAAUGACUGACUCACUGAGGGGUGGCCAGUCUACGUAAGAAAGGUCAAAUAUUGGCUUUAUCUGCCUUUCUCUCGCUGCUGUUUCCUGUAGUGCAGCUUGUGGAAUGAGGUUGUCAUAUCUGACUGGAAACCGUAAAAGAAUCUUCUAGACGAGCAGACACGUGAGAGAAUUUCAUGAGUACACCUUUGUUUCUGUCAUAUUCUUUCUGCUUAGAGGUCAAAUGUGAAGCAGUACAGAAACAAUAUUCUGUGUUAAUCUUUUGUGUGUGGUAUAAUUAGAGAUUUUGUUUGUCUUUGUGAAACUUCUCUUCUGGAGCAUGCUCUAUUGGUUUGUGAUGCAGGGCUGGCUGCUGUUGCCGUUGUCCGUGAGGGCAAAUGGGAUUGCAUUUUUGCAAAUGUGUCCUAAAUAUUGUCUGAUUAACGAGCAGGAAAUUGAUACUUCAAAAUUAAAGGUGGUUGAAUACAGCUUGAUGAGGAAUUAAAAUUGUAGAGCACUACAUCCCUGAAGAACUGGAGUAUCCCAGUCCAGGUGUAAACAACUCUCACUCUCCAUCAGCAUCUCUAUCUAUCUCUCUCUCUCUGCCCUCUUUUCUUCUUCGAUCUCUCCCCCUUCUGAUGUGAAAUAUGCCUUCUCCAACUGCUGCUCAGCUGGAAAAAAAUGACUUGAUUAAAAAAAAAUGCAUCGGGGGGGGGCCUUAGCCAUUUAAUGUACACUUACCUUGUGUACUCUGUUUGUGCGAUGAGUCGAUUAGUUAGCUAGGGUAAUCCAAGUGUAAAUAUCACAACAACUUUACCACUAGUCUGUACUCAUCAUUUUCUAUAGGUUCCUAUUAGACUUUUUUUUUUCCCCUCUUCUUUUGAUUUUAUUUUACGGAAUACUUUUUCCUGUUGUAUCAUUUUAGUUUUAUAUAUGUACUGGCAGAAGUGUUGGUUAUAUUUGAUGUAUUUUUAAAACCAUAUUUUUUCUUAAUCAGUUCAGUUUCCUAUUCAUUAUAAAAUACAUAGCAUGAAAUUUAAAAAUUAACUCAAUUCAUAGUUUGUGUAGUUUGCUGUUUCAAAACAUAAAAUAAAAAUAGAUAUAUAGAAUAUACAGAUUUGUAUGUAACUACAAUGAUAGAUUCAUUGUUACUUAUGAUAUUAAGUUGUUGUUGCUAUGGCAACAAAACUACAACAUGGCUACCUUUAUAUACCUUAAUUGUGAAUUUUUGUUCACAUGUAAAUUGAAAUAAUGUACAACAUUAACUUAUUCAAAAAAAAAAAAAAGAAUGGGUAGAUAGACUGUCUUGAAUAAAGAGAUGAUUGAAUAUUUUGUAAGAAAAAAAAGCAAAGAAGAAAAAAACUUUCAAAUCCAAAGGCCCUAAUUAGGGGAGAUCAGGUGUGUUUUUAUUUUUCGUUCUAUUUUUAUUUUUUGUGGUUUUUUUGGGGGGGAUUUUGUCUGGUCUGGUGACCUGGAGUUAACGGCUGGAAUGUUCCGUCUAGGCUUGUAAAGCCAUCGGUGGGAACUUUUGGGGAGAUGGAAACUUGUUUGUUUUUUUAUAUUUUCCCCUUUUAUGACUUAUGGUCACUUAAAGAGAAAUGUAAGCCAUUAUCACAAAGCAUACAGAAUAACUAGAAGAUCACUGUUGUAUUUUUGUUUGGUUAGCAUCUUGUGCUGCUUCUAGCGUUGAUGCAGUUAUGUUGCAGUUGUAUACCAUAUGGCCUCUCCUGCCUUACCUUUUGAAGGAAGAUUGGCGUGAAAUUUCUAAAGUCGUAGCACUGUUUGUCCCUCUCCUUCAUUUCAGUGACAUUUCUCAAGUUUCCCUCUCCCCUCGCCCCACCAAAGCUAAGCCCUGCUGUGCUGGGGGCCUUUGCCACUCACUGGAGCUGAGAUAAAUCGGUGUACGAAUGUGUGAUGUUCACCUUGUUUGCACUUAUGUACAUAAAUAAGUCAAGAUAUUCAGACCAAGUUUUGAAUAUUUGGAGAGAAAAAAAGAAGAAUCUAUCAAAAGUACUAUUGUUAAUACGGCAAAUAAUGAUCAUUUUAAAAGUUUGUAAGAGAUGCAAUUGUGGCUUUUGAGGGAUUUUUUUUCUUUCAUUUAAAUUUUGUUGUUAUUUUCUUUUGGACUCAUCCUUAUCUCAAAGCACUUAUGUUAAGAUGGCAAAAGUAUGUUGAAAAGCUUUAUAGUUUGUCAUAUCUUAAAAAAACUCACUGAAUGUUUCAUCCAGCUGUCUCUGAUACUGAAGGAAACUGCAGGGCUCUUUCACAAGAAAUUCAUAGCCAUUGUUUUUAUUAUUAAUUUGACAUUAUUAAUACAUCUAAUAAUCUGGUCCAAAGCCCAGUCAUGUUUUGAGUCUUUGACAGAGUCAACGUGUGUGUCUGUUACAAACAACAGCCUCUCAUUGGAUGAGGUUAGACUCAAUGACAGAUUCCACAAUUGGUUUCUUUUUGCAAUUUGAAUUUAGUGUCUUAAGACGAAUAUAAUUUUCAAUAUUAAGUAAGAAAUACAUUAUUACAUAUACAUAGACGGAGUUUCACUCAUUUUAAGUCAAAUGGCUAAUCCAAAUGGCAACGCUCUCUUUAAAAGGCUUGCUUUUCAGCAACAUUGUUAGCACUCUGAUGAGCCGUACCCAGUGGUUUCUCAGGUACUCGAGUCCAUUGAAGGUUCAAUCUAACCUACACCGCCCUCUGCAGGCUGCCUGAAGAAUUCAGAUGACAGCUGGAAAGCAUUGCAAAACACAAGGAACGUAAUAUUAUUUGGUUAGAUGUUUUUAUUUUUUUUUAGGUUGUUACAUAUUGGUUUUAUUUUGAAAAAUGCAGAUCAGUCUUAAUCUCCAUAAACCUUCAACUAAAUUGAAACCGGAACAACAAUAGCUCAUUCGUUUUACAAAAACACACAAAUAAAGAAGCCUCCGUUUUUGCGAUAUUGUACAUUUAAUGCGCUUUGGAUAGCGUUGGAAGCCAAUAAUUUUGUUGCCAUGGCACUUGUGUCCUAGCAGUGGGGAAGGGGUUGAGCCUUAAAGGGGUUGCGAUGGGUCGUUGCAUCCCCGGGCCGUGCGAUUGGCCCACAGCCUUUGGGCAGUUUACAACACCAAAGACUGAGUCUAACACUUACCUGCACAGAAAACCCAGGAGAGACUGAAAGGCAUGCCAUUUUUUUGAGACACAUCCGAAAUGCUACUUUUACUCUUAACUCAGAAUGCUUAUAUUUCCACUGUGGAGCUCCAUAAGAACUGUACUGUUAAACCUGCUGCGUAUGGAGCUGCUGAAUCCCAUACUGUUGUGCCUACAUAUUCACUGUGGUGAGAACGACACCGAUUCGUUCUCUCACUAUCGACGGUGACCGCCUCUUCUGACCCUUUAAUACGAACCGAAUUCAGUCUUUCAGUAACCGGGAGUGGAGGGAGGGCUGACAUUACCCGACUGAAUGAGAGCUGAGUGAACAAAAUGUUACGCAAAACCUGACUUUCAAGAUGCCCUUUAAUGUUGAGCAGUGUGAUGUGUUAGCUUGAAUCUGUGAGUCUAUAUUCACAGGUACUAAACUGCAGUUACUGUCCUUCUUCAGUGUAUCAGUGUAUGGGAGCUUCACCAGAACCCCCCCCCCCCCGCCAUCCAGGUUCAAGUUUGUAGCUUGAAUGUUUAUGAUUGUACUGGAAAGUGCCUCAGUCAGGAGUUGUCUGCCCAGCGUUUGUAAGUAUAAUUUAGAUAUGAGAAUGUCCAUAUUGUCUCAAAGCCAUAUCAGCUAGACUCACCUCUCCUCCACUGCAGGGCAACAAGAAAAAAAAUGCUCUUUACUUCUUUGGGUAAUAGUUUUAUUCCUUACUCGAUUUCUAUUAGCUUGUAGUGCUUGUACGUGCUUUAGAACUGUGCUUAAUUCUAAUCUCUUUUGGUAUAUAUAAAUAUAUAAAUAUGAAUAUAUAAAAUAUAUUACUUCUGUUAUUUUUUGACCUUUUAAUAAAGCACUUAAAUACACAA